UAAAAAAAGAAGAGAAAAAAAGAUGGUGUUUCCACUCGAAAGCUUGUGUGCGUGUCUGCUUGUUUUAGCGAUCGUCCCGUCCUCAUCCGCUUUUCCGGACCAGGGGAAGUGGUCCUUCAAAGUCGAAAAUGUACCGAAGCACCUCUUCGCGGUUCAGAAGAGCCUGUACCGAGCAUCCACUGUAUCCAUCAAAAUCACCUGCGACCCGAGCAAUCCCGCCAGCGCCAACAUGAACGUUUUGGUCGGCUGGACGCUGCUCAAGUCCCCCUGCUUCCAGGAGUUCCUCGACAUUGAGACGCUGACGCAAGACACCCUGUCCAAGUUGUACACCGGUCUGAAGAUCUUCGACUAUGGGGACGUGUAUUACAAGUCUUCCGAAGAGCUCCACCCCUGCUUCCACGUGUUGGACCUGUCGCCUCACAGCUUGAUCAAGCAGAUGACCAACACGACAACAGCAACGAAAUCUAAACCGUUCACUAGGGCAUCCACUUUGGACUCCGAGCUUCAAUCAUACCCAUCUCCAGCCAGUCUUAGUACAGCAGUGCAAAAUCCCCACCUCAAGUAUGCAUUGUAUCUCAUACUCUGUGCUAAAAGAGGUGCCCAGGGAGAAAAGGGCAGCCCUGGAUGCCAAGAGUGUCGUUGCGACGAAGUCAACGACAAAGACGCCAGUUCUGCCAACCGAUACAACCAAAUGAGUCGCACGCCGUUUUCUUGCCGACUGGGGCGAUCUCGUAGCGAUUGCUCGAACUUGUACGCACGAUGUGACUCUGUUGCGUCAGUGUUGAGGAAUGAAAUGGGUAAACAGUGUGCUUGUGUGAGCGUGCAAAAUCUUGUUUAUUUUUUUGUCUUAGAUCGAGCCCCGGAGAAUGUGACCGACGUCUUGGAUCCCGAAAACCUUAAGAAAAUCUUGGCCUCAGAUCCAAGGCCCCUAGCCAUCCUUGACAAGGAUGGCAUCUACAUGCUCAUCGUGUCCAUCUCGUCCGAAGACGAGAAGAACUUCACGGUGCAAGUGGACAUGUCUCUGAAGGGGACGUAUGGCUACCUGUCAGCUGUGGAUUGGCCGUUCCUUCCGUUCUACGGCGUGAUGUGCGGGGUGUACGUGCUGUACGCCGUCGGCUGGCUGCUCGUCUCGGCGCUGCAGUGGCGAGACCUGCUCCGCAUCCAGUUUUGGAUCGGCGGUGUCAUUUCCCUCGGCAUGCUGGAAAAAGCGGUCUACUAUGCGGAGUACCAGUCAAUCAACUACACGGGAUAUUCGGUGCAAGGAGCGGUGCUGUUUGCCGAGGUGCUGUCGUGUCUCAAGCGGUCCCUGGCCCGUUUGCUCGUCAUCAUCGUCAGUCUGGGCUUCGGUAUUGUCAAGCCUCGCCUGGGUGCCAUGCUACACAGAGUGAUCAUUGUCGGAGGGGCCUACUUCAUUAUGGCUUCGGUCGAAGGCUGCCUUCGCACACUCAAGCCCAAGAACAAUCCAGAUCACCUCCAGACGUUCCUGGGUGUCGGGCUUGCCCUCGUGGACAGCGGGAUCUGCUGGUGGAUCUUCAGCAGUCUAAGCCAGACGACACGAACGCUGCGCCUACGGCGCAAUGUAGUCAAGCUGUCGCUCUACAGGCACUUCACCAACACGCUCAUCUUUGCUGUGCUGGCAUCCAUUGUGUUCAUGGUCUGGGUGACGUUCGACCAUCGUACCGUGGAGUGCCUCACGGACUGGAAGGAGCUGUGGUUUGACGAGGGCUACUGGCAGCUCCUCUUCUCUGUCGUGCUGCUGGUCAUCAUGUUCCUGUGGAGGCCCACAAACAACAACCAGAGGUACGCCUUCACGCCGCUGCUCGAUGCCGCAGAUGACGAGUUCGACGAGGACUUCCAGCAGCCGGCAAACGACGCUUUUGAGGGAAUGAAGAUGCGGGGAGGCAAGCCUGGCAGUCUCCCUUCGAAAGACAAGCAGGACAACAACAGUGCGGAGGACGAUCUCAAGUGGGUCGAAGAAACGAUACCUUCCUCGUUGAGCGACACGGCACUUCCAAGUCUCAUGGAUUCGGAUGAGGAGAUCAUGACCGUGAGAUUCGAGAGGAACAAGAUGGAAUGAGCGCCGGCUCAAGUUGCGCAAGGGACACCAACUUCCGUCCGGCCAGAGUGUCGAAAGUGUCGAACUGCGCCCGUGAACGUGGCAGAGACCGUUUCAAUUCCCAAGAAAGAAAACGCAGAGCUGGAUCUCGCUGGAACCCGUCUUUUCUUUUUAAAUCAUACGUCGUCUCCCCUUGUGUUUGUUUAUUUACCGACAGAAGACGAUGCAAGUGCACCCAUGCCUACCAAGAAACAGUCUUUCACACAAACGGUUUCACGAGCUUCUUAUGUGCCAGUCUUGUGUUGUAUUUUUUUUGUGCAGCGUUUCCUCAUUGAUUUUUUGCCCACCUGAAGUUGGUCUGUCUGCGCAGUGAAUAGAAUGUGCACAUCCCAACUCUGUUUGUUUCCUCAACGGUUUGCCUAGUAGCAAAUUGCGCAGUGCCGCGGUGACGGUCGAGAAUACGGCGACGGAGCAUAUCGAGAAUUCCCGCCGAGUGACGGUGCAUUCGCAGAGUUGACGUCGAUCCCCGAACACAGGCGAUUCUGUUCGGGUUUAUUUCUGCGGCUAUCGCACUCGACGGCUUCCUACUGGUCAAAGAAGCUUUGUCUGCAGAGCCUGUGGCAUGCCUGUUUCGGAUGUCUUUUGCAGGAAAUGUGUACAAAGUGCUUUAAAUUAUUUGUAGUGUCUGUAGAUACCCAAACAAUAAAGUUUAAUUUCGGCUUCGA